AUGUCUGGGUUUAAGGACGGAAACGUUGUAUAUAUGGAGCUAGAGAACUUCCAGACGUUCAAGAAGAUGUCUCUUAGGUUCUGUCCGUCAUUUAAUUUUAUAGCGGGGCCCAACGGGUCUGGUAAGAGCAGCAUAGCAAAUGCAAUGGUUCUUGUGUUUGGAGGUACGCCAAAAAUAAUAGGAAGAGGCAAAAGUGUGGGAGAGUAUGUUAGGUUUGGUGAGUCUGAAGCAAGGAUAGAGGUGGGUGUGUGGAUUAAAGGAAAAGAAAUCAGGCUUUGCAGGAAUAUAUCCAGAAGUAGUCAAAGUAGGUACUUUGCUGACGGAAGGCCUUGCAAAAGAACAGAGUAUGAGGAACUUGUAGGAAAGCUCAGGGAAAAUGUAGGGAACCUAUGCCAGUUUCUUCCACAGGAGAAGGUUUCUGAAUUUACAAGGCUUUCUCCUGAAGGUCUUCUAAGAGAAGUGUUAUUGGCAGUGGGAGAAGAGGAGAUUUUAAAACAUAUGAAAGAACUAGAGGAAUUAGAAGCAGAAAGAAACAAAGUGGCUGACGUACUGGAGUCGUAUUUUCGAAAAAAAGAAUGUAUAGAGAGAGCGGUUGAGAUAUUAGAGAGGGAUGUUAAGAGGGCUAACGAGAAGAAGAAGAAAGAGGAAAGAGUAAGAAUUAUGAGUGAAAAGCGAGAUUGGAUACAAUAUAAGCUUUAUACAGACGAGUAUGUUGCAAUCAAGAAGAUGAUAGGACUGCUGAAGAAGCAAGUGGAAAUGAGGGAUGAGGAGAUGACAAGGAUUGAGGACAAGAUAGCGGAAUUGAAGUCUUCUGAAGCAUACAAGGAAAUCAACAACUUAUUCGGGAGUCUUGAGGAGUAUGAUACGAAUUUAAUUGACCUUGUAGAGAAGAUCCGAAGUAUUCAUCAGGAAGCAGAGAUGCUAGGAAUUGAUAAAGAGUCGCUUAGAAGUAAAAGAGAAAAGAGACUGGAAAAUGCAGAAAGAUUAGAAAAGGAGAUUCUAGAUCUUCAAGAAGAGAUAUCCAAAUUUGAAAUACCUCCACAUCCUGGAGAGCUGGAUGAAUCUAGGACCAAGGUUCUCGAAGUAAAGAUGUCAGACUUGAUGAGAAUGCGGGGAAAGAUUCAGCACGAGUCUUCUGAACUAAAGCGGCUAGUAGACGAGCUUGGUCUAAAAAGAAAGAAAUUUCAUGAGAUGGACGAAGUAAGACUUCAGAUGCUGAAAAAGUAUCAUACUGAUACAUACAAAGCUGUGUGCUGGCUUAGAGAGAACAAACAUCAAUUCAAGGACGAAAUAAUAGAGCCGCCGUUCGUUCAAUUAAGGAUAAAAGAUGCCAGAUAUGCGCCUGAGGUUGAAAACUUUUUGGGAUUUCAGUCUCUGUCACCAUUUAUUUGUAAGUCAACAGAGGAUUUUGAGGUUUUUGUUCGGAUCAUGAAAGAUGAAAAGAAGUGGAUGAUCAAUGCAAUUGAAGCCAUAAAAACAGAUAAGAGGCUAUGCAGGGGAGAGGAAGCCAUUUCCAAAGAGAUAUUGAAGGAGCUAGGGUUUGAGGGUGUUCUGAGCGACUUUAUAGAGUGCAGAGAAGAGAUCAUGAGUUAUUUGGUUGUAGCAGGGCACUUUGACCUGAUUCCAGUUUCAAAGACAAAUGUCGAUGAGGGUUUAGUGUUCAGAAAAACAAACGUGAAAAGGAUGGCGGCAGGAGGACGAUACAUCGAAAUCAAGAAGAGUAGGUAUGGGCCUGAGCAUGCGGUUAUUUACAAUCCUCUGAAGUCGCAGAACCUAUUUUCACACAAUCUAUCUCUUGAAGAGUUAGAGGGAAUAGAAAAAGAGCUGGAGAAAAGAAACCUAACAAGGAGAGAAAAUGAAGAAAAGCUUAAAGAAAUUUUGAAGGACUGCGAAGCCAUUGAUAAAGAGCUUCAGGAGCUUUACAAGAAGAGAAGCUCAUACAAUUCGCAAAUAAUGGAAAUAAAAAGAAAGGAGGCACGUGUCCAAGUUCUAAGGGGAUCAAUGAAUAGAAAGAAUCUUGAAAUAAAAAUGCUCAAAGACACAAAGGACUUGGAUGAAGAGGAGGUGAAAAUAGACAAGGCAAAAGAAAAAUUAGAGGUUGCAUGGAAAAGUGAAUGUGAUGAACUGAGCAGAUGCCUCGCAGAUGAAGGAUACUUUAAUAUGUUUCGAAGUACAUUCAAGCUAUUUAGAGAAAUCACGAAUGUUAAUAAAAACAUCGAGGAUUUGGAAGAGAAUAAGAAGAUGAUAGAAAAAGGAAUGAAAGGUCUUGAGGAAGACAUAAUUGAAAAGAGGAAAGAGAGCUGUAGGCUUAAAAAGGCAAUUGAAGAAAAGAAAAUCCGUCUUGAAAAAAUAGAAAGAAAGAAAGAAUAUGAUGAGGCGUUAGCUCAGCUUCCAGAUACAAUAGAUGAGCUUGAUGAGGAAAUAAUUAAGGAAAAGGCCCAGAUAAAGAUUUAUGCUGUCGAUAGUAAAGCCAUGGGGGAGUUUGAAGUUAGAGAGCAGGAUCUAAAAGAGCUCAAUGAGAACAUCUCAAAAUGUUCUAAUAUCUUAGAAAAUGUCAAAAAGAAAAUCUUAGACAUAAAAAGCAUUCUAAUUGAUAAGAUAGGGAGAAUGACAUCAAAGAUGGAUGAGCAGUUUGGAAAUCUCUUCAAAAAGAUCGGUGGAGAUGGAAGAGUUAUGUUUAUUUAUGACGGGCUUGAUACAUGCAAAUGGAAGUUUAACAUAAUGGUCAAGUUUCGCGAUGGCGAUAGCCUUGAGAUUCUAAAUUCGCACAGGCAGAGCGGAGGGGAAAGAUCUGUUGCUAUAAUUUUGUUUCUAUUGGCUAUUCAGCAUUAUAAACCAUCCCCAUUCCGUCUUGUGGAUGAAAUAAACCAAGGAAUGGAUAAGCACAACGAAAAGCUAGUUCACGACAUUUUGGUUGCACUUAGCGAAGAGCAAAAUGAACAGUUUUUUAUGAUCACGCCAAAAAUAGCGCCAAACCUAAACUACAGCCAGAAUAUGAAGGUGAUUGUUCUUUACUCUUCUCAAGACUGUGGAAAACAAGAAGACUUUAUAAAAUACAGAUCAAGAACACUUACAUAA